GCAGCUUUGGAACUACGUCCCUCUGGACAUCCUCUUCGGUCUCUAUCGCUCCACGGUCUUGCCCUCUGUCUAUCUAAUAGAUAUGACAACCAGGGGCUAGUUGCUGACUUGGAAGCAGCCAUCAUGCUCGGACGUGCUGCACUUGAACGCUGUCCAUCAGGGCAUCCUAAUCGUGGUGUAACUUUCUACAAUCUCGCUUGCGACCUUAGGAAGAGGUUUGUGAAACAGGCUGGGAUCUGCGACUUGGAUGAAGCGAUUAAGUUGCACCGAGGAGCUUUGGAACUACUUCCCUCCGGACAUCCUCUUCGGUCUUUAUUGCUUCAUGGACUUGCUCUCUGCCUGUCUAAUAGAUAUGACAAGCUAGGGGUAUUUGAUGACUUGGACGAAGCCAUCACGCUUGGACGUGCUGCACUAGAACUCUGUCCACCGGGGCAUCCCGAUCGUGGUGUAUCUCUCUACAAUCUCGCUUGUGACCUCAGAAUGAGGUUCAUGAAACAGGCUGUGAUGCGCAACUUGGAGGAGGCGAUUGACUUGCUCCGUGCAGCUUUAGAACUGCAUCCCACUGGACAUCCUCUUUGGUCUUUAUCGCUCCGUGCGCUCGCUCUCUGUCUGUCGAAAAGAUAUGACCAUCAGGGGCUAGAUGCUGGCCUGGAAGAAGCCAUUAUGCUCGGACGUGCAGCACUAGAGCUCUGUCCACCAGGGCACCCUGAUCGUGGCAUAUCUCUCCACAAUCUCGCUUGUGACCUCAGAACGAGGUUCACGAAACAAGCUGUGACGCGCGACUUGGACGAAGCAAUUGAGCUACACCAUGCAGCUUUGGAACUACAUCCUCCUGGAGAUCCCCUUCGGUCCUUAUCACUCCGGGAACUUGCUCUCUGCCUGUCUAAUAGAUAUGACAAGCUGGGGGUAUUUGAUGACUUGGAAGAAGCCAUCACGCUUGGACGUGCUGCACUAGAACCCUGUCCACCGGGGCAUCCCGGUCGUAGUGUAUCUCUCCACAACCUUGCCUGUGUCCUCAGGAGGAGGUUCAUAAAACAGGCCGUGAUGCGCGAUUUGGAGGAAGCGAUCGAGCUGCACCGCGCAGCUUUCGAACUACGUCCCGCUGGGCAUCCCGAACAGUCCUCAACGUUCCAUGAACUUGCUCUUUGUUUGUCACACAGACAUGAUAAGCAGGCCUUAGCCAAUGACUUGGAAGAGGCCAUCGCGCUCGGACGUGCAGCACUGGAGCUCUGUCCACCGGGGCAUCCCAAUCGUGGCGCGGUUCUUUGCAACCUUGCUUGCGACCUUUGGAAGAAGUUUCAGCAACAUGCUGACAUUCCCGGGCUGCACACGACGAAUUCCCUUCACCAGGCUGUGUUGGUAGUCCGUCCAACAAGCAAGGCUGACCUCGCCUCUUCCCUUUUCGAGUUCUCAGUACACCUCUGGGACAGAUUUCAGAAGCAGUCCAUGAUGACCGACUUGGACGACGCCAUUUGUCUCGCAACGUAUGCUUUGGAGCUCCGAUUACCUCACGAAGGGGCAAACUCGCACGAACCCGUCAUGUUCGACCGGGCGGCAGACAAUCUGUGUGACCUUGCGAAAUACCAUAGGGCCAGAUUCCACACUCAGCAUACAAUUGUCGACCUGAACGAGGCCAUCACGCUUUACCGAUAUAUGCUGCAACUCCGCCCGACUGGGCAUCCUCGUCACGCUUCGUCCCUUCACGACCUUGCACAGUGUCUAGCAGACCGGUUUCACCAACAGCCCAAAGCAGCUUCCCUGGACGAGGCUAUUGCACUUGAACAAAAAGCCCUGCAGUUACUCGUACGUGGAGAUCCUGACUAUGACGUAUCU